CUACGUAUUCUACUGAAUCCAGAGGGUAUUCUAUGCUCUGUACAACGCCGGAUGGUUUCUCAAGUCGGACUGACAUCUGCCUCGUCGUCGAUCAUGGAACCGAAAAAUCUAAUUUCUGCCAAGUUUCUUCCAUGAGAACGUCGUGCCGGUGCUGCCUCCAACUCGUCUCCCCGCUGGUAAAGACAUCAGUUAUUGUGGUUGGUUGCAAGCUAGAUUUAACAGACGAUCAAAAUCGACAGAAAAGUGUGGAGCAGGUCUUGGCACCGAUCAUGCAACAGUUCGGGGAGAUUGAGACUUGUAUAGAGUGUUCCGCAUCUAAGCUGAUUCAGGGGGCUAAGAAGAUCCUAAUCUAGCGAGAAAUACCCGAAGAUGGCACAAAGACGUUUCUGUCUAGCAAGAAAGCUUUAGCAGCCUGUGAUGUGGCUCUAUUUGUGUAUGACAGGUAAGUUUUAUUGUUGUGCAUAUUUGAAAGCUCGUAGACAUUUACGUGCUUUUUAAUAACUUAUCAUACUUUAUUUAGUUGAAUUGAUGCUUGCGCUGCUGCUGCAUACCAAGAUGACUUAUUCAGGAUGCUGUAGAUUUUAUACCCCAAUCAAUGCAACCCCUUGCAAUCUAUUUAUGAGCCUGCAUGCAUUGUACGCUACUAUGCAGUAACUUUCCCCCCUACUAUUUAGUGUCUAAAAUCUCAGAAUAGGUCUUUCCUUGAGAGGCUGCUAAUUAAUUGGCAUUGGUUUUGUGUGUGUUUUUGCUAGUAAUCUUUCUACUUAGUAUUGUGAUAAAUCAUAUCACAAUUUCCAGUUCAGAUGAGCAUUCAUAGUAAAGAUCAGAAGAAUUGAUUUUGGAGGUAGCUAGGCAAGGAGAAAAAACGUGGAGCAUGCCGUCUCUUCUUAUUGCAGCUAAGGACGACCUGGAUCCAUAUCCGGUGGCAGACUGGCAGUACUAGAUUUCAAUAAAGAUAUUUAAUUUUGUUGGAUACUUGUCUUUGCCUAACAAUUACUUGAUAUAUAUGCAUGGUUUCUUGACUUUUC